GAGGAGGCUCCGGACAAGCGACUGCUGCGCAUCAAAGCGGGGACCUUACUGGGGACCUUAUUGGAGACCAGCGCCAACAAAACCCGACUCCGGAGGCGGAAUCUAACGGUGACUCUCCAGAGCUCCUCUGCCCUCCUGAGGAUUCAGUGAGACAGGCGGAUCUGUGCGCCCACCAUGGCCUUCCCAUCAGCCCCCUCAGCACUAUGGAGUGCCAGCUUAUUGACAGUACUACUCGCAGCUGCGGUUCACAGCAACAUUGUCUACGACGAUGACCCCUUGCAGCCAGUGACCUCAGAUGAGACGGUGUCCGUGGGGGGCACGGUGACACUGACCUGCCGGGUGGCUGAGAGCGACAACUCCUCACUGCAGUGGUCCAACACUGCACAGCAGACCCUGUACUUUGGAGAGAAGAGAGCGCUCAGAGAUAACCGAAUCCAGUUGCAUCGCUCGACACCCACUGAGCUUUCCAUCACCAUCUCUGACGUGCAGCUGUCUGACGAGGGAGAGUACACCUGCUCCAUCUUCACUAUGCCAGUCCGCACCGCCAGAGCCACUGUCACCGUGCUAGGUGUGCCCGGUAAACCUCAGAUAUCGGGCUUUGAGAAUGCAGUGCCGGAGGGGGGCAAAGUCACCCUGACCUGCACCAGUACUGGCAGCAAACCCCCCGCCAGGCUGAUCUGGUACCGCGGAGACCAGGAGCUGGAAGGGCGUCCAGACGUGGUGGAGCCCGUUCCAGACGAUCCCACGUACAACGUGAGCAGCGAGCUAACCCUGGAGGUUAGCCGCAACGACGACAACACCUUCAUCACCUGCGCCGUCGACCAUCCCUCUCUCGCCCCGGGGGACAAGAGGAGCGAGCAGGCUCUGCGGGUGUUGUAUUCCCCUAAUGUGGUGAUCCAUCCUGAGAGCGAUUUGCCCAGAGAGGGGGAGAAGUUUUAUCUCGAGUGUUUGGGCAACGGCAACCCAGAGCCCACCUCCUACAUUUGGGAGAAGAAGGAUGGAGAGCUCCCCCCGCUGGCAAAAGCCGACGGUGCUUUCCUGCGCUUCGAGAUGCUAAACAAAUCAGAUAAUGGCGUCUACCUCUGUCAUGCCGACAACGGCAUUGGAAACAACCAGGGGGAGUACACACUCCUGGUGCAAGAUGCUGCAGACAACAUUGCAGACCCCACAGCCAUGUUGACCUCUUCAGGGGUUGACCACGCUGUGAUCGGAGGAGUGGUGGCUGUUAUCGUCUUCAUCCUGCUCUGCCUCCUCAUCGUCCUCGGCAGAUACCUCAUCAGACACAAAGGUCACCUGCUCACAGAGAAGCCAAGGGCUACACCCGAUGCCCCAGCGGCAAACCGGCUCGCAGCCAUCAUCAAUGCGGAGGGAGGCCAUUCCGGAGCAGAGGACAAGAAGGAGUACUUCAUCUAG